GUCGAGUAAGAAGCUCGCGUGCUGCUAACAAAACGGGACAUGGCAACUGACUCAAUGGAUUGAAUACCGUAGAUCGGGGGACGCUUCGUACAAUCUGAUUGCGUGCCACUGGUAACACGGCUCCCCGGGACGAGGAUUCCGACCAGGGCGCGGCCGGGGAGGUAUUAGCAGCUACCUCCACGCGUGUUUCGGGGAUCUUCAAGCACUCCGUAAGUAGUGGCAAGGCGACCCUUUCAUUGCACUCCCGCCAUCUCCUAAAAUACCUAUCCUGCGCUCGUGCCUACGUACGCAAAUAUCACUAUCUCCUCCGCACUUUUGGCACUCCACUGUUCCACACUCUUUUUGCUCCCUGGUGCUGUCAAAAGCGGACCGGAUCACAUUCUUUUGCACCCCCAAGAUGUCGACGCCGGCGAACCUGUACGAAGGUGAAAACUUGCAGCCAUGGUCGAUAGGAACAGUCGCCGCCGUCACCGUCUUGGCUUUUGUGUCGUGUGUGCUUCGCAUGCUCGCAAGAUGGGAACGGAAAACUCCCUUCGGUAUUGACGACUGGCUGAUCAUGCUGUCGAUGGGCUUGUACCUUGUCGUUGUGGGUUUCAUCUAUGGAAUGGUUAAUUAUGGCAUGGGGUUGCACGCCAACACGCUACCCAUGACCGAUGUGGUCAUGAUUGCGAAGUACCUGAUGGUCGCCGAAGUCCUCUACGUCGUCAAUCUGGCCAUCACCAAACUUGCUCUCCUUUGCAUGUACCACCGGUUGUUCCCCAUCCGGGCCUACCGGAUAUGGGCCUACUGUAUCGGCGCCUUCGUCAUCGCCUGGGUCAUCACCAUCGUCUUCGUUUUCAUCUUCCUUUGCGUUCCCGUCAAGAAGAUGUGGUACCCCCAGGUGCCGGGGCACUGCGUAAACCAGGUCGCUACCUGGGUCGCCAACGCGGUUUCGACCAUCGCCACCGACGUCGCCAUUCUCGUUCUUCCUAUGCCGCACGUGUGGAAGCUUCAGGUGGGACUUGUUCAGCGUGUCUCGCUCCUUGUCAUUUUCAGCCUCGGUUUCUUCGUCGUCUUCGCUAGCGCUUACCGUACCUCUGUCCUCUUUGAGUACACUGCAGCUGACUCAAGCUACACUUUGGCCAGAACGGUCGGCUGGACUGCCAUUGAAAUCUCGGCGGGUAUUAUUAGCGCGAACCUCCCGACGCUGCGGCCGUUGUUGAGGCUCGUCUGGGGCACGAUUGCCAGCACGAGCGGAUUCUCCAGGGGCGGCUCGACGGGCGCCGGGACCAAGCUGGGCGGGUCCAGUAACCUGACCAACAGCGCCUUCCACCGGCUGGAUGACAACAACGGCUUGCGUCCACAGAACGACGGCAAGGUUUCCAGCCACAUUAGGACGGCGGAGAAGGACAAUGACUCGAUAAUGGGCGACGAGAUUCCGCUUCACAACAUCAAGGUGACGCGGGACACCAAAUGGUCCAGUUCCGACAUGGCUUAAGGGAAAGAAAAUGGUAACGGUAGGGGGGGUGGGAUUGGCGUCUUAUUUUCUGUUCUUCUGAUUCGAGUUGUAUACCCUAAUGUAAAUAUGGAAGGAAAAGGGCUUUGCACGCGCAAAGCUGUUUUACGCGGCUAUUUGAAGCUGCUGGCAGAGGAUUAUAAAAAAAACCCUUCAAGACGACAGACACCCAGGUAGCGAGCAGCCGUGACCAUGCGAGUCAAGACACAACGUUUAGAGUAGAAU